AUGGCGGCGGCGGCGGUAACCCUCCUCCGCCUUCCUCUCGCCCGUAUCUCCUACCACCUCCGCUCCGUACCUUCCUCUCGUCUCCCGCCCCCUCGCCUCCGUAUAUUCACCUCCCAUCGCCUUUUCUCCUCUCUGGACCACGGCUCCGCCUCUGCCUCCGCAUCUGCGGCCGUCGCCGAGGUUGUAGGCGUGACGGACGCGGAGGAGGAGUCGGUAGAGGAGGAAUCUGCGGCCGAGGCUGAGGCUGAGGCGGAGGCGCCCAGGUCGUUCGUGCUCCCGCGGCUGCCGCGGCCGAAGCUGAGCGUGAAGGAGCGGAAGGAGCUGGCCUCGUACGCGCACGGCCUCGGCAAGAAGCUCAAAUCGCAGCAGGUCGGCAAGAGCGGCGUCACACCCAAUCUUGUCUCUGCCUUCAGUGACAACCUCGAGUCCAACGAGCUCCUAAAGCUAAAAAUUCAUGGGAACUGCCCUGGGGAGCUACCUGAUGUGAUACUUCAACUUGAGGAGUCAACAGGAUCCAUUGCUGUUGACCAAAUUGGUCGCUCUGUUAUUCUGUAUAGGCCUAGCACCAGCAAGAUGAAAAAGAAGCAACAAGUUGCUGAAAAUGCUAGGAGAUUUUCAAGACCUGAAGAAGGAAAUGCUAGGCGGUUUGUAAAAUCUGAAGAAUCAUUUGAAGAACGCCCUAGAAACAGCUCAGGCAGAAGAUUUGUUGGAUCUGGAUCUACAUUUAGGGGUCAACAGAAGAGGAGACCAAUGGCAUCCAAGGGGUCUUCAUAUGGCCGAGGAUAG